CCCGCUCCGCGAACGGCCCGCGGUGCCCCGGGAGGGCAGCACGGCACGGGGGGACGGGACCCCGGCUGCGAGCGCAGAUGCGGCGGGACGAGCCCGGCGGGGACGCUCCCCGAGGGGCUCCGGGUCCCCGCCGGAGGGCAGGGGUGGGGUCUUCACCUGCUUGGGCAUCACCCCACAAGGAAGGCAUCCUAUUGCCCCAAGAUGCUCCACUUCAAAGGAAAGGGGUGUCAUCAUCUCAAGCCCCAAAAUACCACCCUGCUGGAAGUGUUCCUCACCCAAUCUGAGCAUUGUGCCACAAGGAAGGGGUCCCACUGCCCCAGGAAACACCACAAGGCAGGGUGGCGUCUCCGUGCUGAACUGGGACACGCUGAAUCUGAAGGGAAUCUGAGGAUGAGUUGCAGGUGAAGGACCGGCCGGGAGCGCGGGGUAUGGAGGAAGAGAAGCAGCAGAGGAAGAGGAGGGUGGAGGGGAGCAGCAACCGGCCGCGGCCCCCCCGGGGCUGAGCCAUGAGAGUUCACCGAGACCUCAGCUGGUUGGCGGAGGCCACCGGACGCCCAGGGCGGCGGGCGAGGAGCGGGAUGCUGGACGCCAUGGAGGUGCCGAGCCACUCGCGGCAGCUGCUGCUGCAGCUGAACACGCAGCGCACCAAGGGCUUCCUGUGCGACGUGAUCAUCGUGGUGCAGAACGCGCUUUUCCGAGCGCACAAGAACAUCCUGGCCGCCAGCAGCGCCUACCUCAAGUCGCUGGUGGUCCACGACAACCUGCUCAACCUGGACCAUGAGAUGGUGAGCCCCGGCAUCUUCCGCCUCAUCCUCGACUUCAUCUACACCGGCCGCCUGGCCGAGUGCGAGCCGGGCAGCGAGCAGAGCCUGGGUGCUGUGCUGGCUGCCGCCAGCUACCUCCAGAUCCCCGGCUUGGUGGCCCUUUGCAAGAAGAAGCUGAAGCGCAGCGGCAAGUACUGCCACCUGCGCGGGGGCUACGCGCCCUACAAGCUGGGCCGCGGGCUGCGGGCCGCCACGCCGGUCAUCCAGGCUUGCUACUCGGGGACACCGCGGCCCGUGGACCUGCCGCCCGUGGAGCCGGCGGCGCCGCUCAACACGCAGUGCGGGGAGCUGUACGCCUCGGCCGCGCAGGGCGCCCCGCUGCACCCGCACGGGCUGUGCCCGCCCGAGCGCCACUGCUCGCCGCCCUGCGGCCUCGACCUCUCCAAGAAGAGCCCCACCGGCCCCUCCGCCCAGCUCCUGCCCACCGACCGCCUGCUGCCCAGCGAGCCCCGCGAGCCCUCGCUGCCCCCACGGCACGACAGCCCCCCCGUCAGCGCCGGCCUCCUGGGCAGCCACGCCGCUGCCUACAAGGACUCCCCGCCGGGCGGAGAGCCGGGGGGACACCCCCACGCCCCCGACCCCUUCCGCAGCACGCCACCCUGCGCCGAGCCCCCGCUGCCCCGCGCCGACGGGCGAGAGCUGAUGUACCGCUGGAUGAAGCACGAGCCCCUGGGCCCCUACCUGGACGAGGGGGAGGCGGAGAAGGACCUGGAGCGGGAGGAGAAGGCCGAAUCGCCUCCUGCGGCGCCGCAGCCCCGCUACCCCAGCGUGGAGAGCAACGACCUGGAGCCCGAUAACAGCACGAGCGAGGAGACGGGCAGCAGCGAGGGGCCCUCGCCCGGCGACGCGCUGGACCGCUACUGCAACCACCUGGGCUACGAGCCGGAGAGCCUGGGCGACAACCUGUACGUGUGCAUCCCCUGCGGCAAGGGCUUCCCCAGCUCCGAGCAGCUCAACGCCCACGUGGAGGCCCACAACGAAGAGGAGCUCUAUCACAAGGCGGCGGCCGAGCAGGCCGUGCCCUUCCUGGACAAAGGUGGCCCGGGGCUGGGUGACAUCUUGCGGCCUUACCGCUGCUCCUCGUGCGACAAGUCCUACAAGGACCCGGCCACGCUGCGGCAGCACGAGAAGACGCACUGGCUGACGCGCCCCUACCCCUGCACCAUCUGCGGCAAGAAGUUCACGCAGCGCGGCACCAUGACCCGCCACAUGCGCAGCCACCUCGGCCUGAAGCCCUUCGCCUGCGACGCGUGCGGGAUGCGCUUCACCCGCCAGUACCGCCUGACCGAGCACAUGCGCAUCCACUCGGGCGAGAAGCCCUACGAGUGCCAGGUGUGCGGCGGGAAGUUCGCCCAGCAGCGCAACCUCAUCAGCCACAUGAAGAUGCACGCGGCCGGCCCCGACGGCAAAGCCAAGCUGGACUUCCCCGACAGCGUCUACGCCAUGGCCCGCCUCACCGCCGACCAGCUGGGGCUCAAGCAGGAGAAGGCGGCCGAGCUGCUCUCCCACACCUCGCACUUCCUCAGCGACCCCAAGGCCAUGGAGAGCCUCUACCCCCUGGCCAAGUUCACGGCUGAGCACCUGGGGCUGAGCCAGGACAAGGCGGCCGAGGUGCUGGCGCAGGCUCCACACCUCCACACCGAGGCCGCCCGGACCAUAGAGCGAUACUCGCCCCCCUAGCACCGGCCUGGCCGGGGGGCUGGGGGGCGCUGGGCUCCCCUCGCUGCCCCGUGUGGAGCUGGGGCGGGGCGGGGCGAGAGGUGAUGGG